CACGCAAAAAUGUAGGUUUUCCUUUUGGCUAUUCUGUUUGCCUGUCAAACAUUUGUUCCUUCAUAUUGUUACUACAUACGUUGAGUUUAUUUUAAGAAAUAUUGACACAAUCAAAUCCAUUUAAUUGACUUUAUGAUUAAAAAACUCAACAAGCAAGGAAAUCCUUGACAACGCCUCUAACUUUAUAUUGUUAAAUAUAAUCUGUGCAGAUUAUAUUCAUGUUUUUUUAAACGAAUAAAUACUCCAGAUUACAUAUCAUACUUAAUUGCAUGAUGAUCUAUGACAAAUUAAGACACUUUAAAGUACUCAGCUCAGCACUUUUGGGGCGUUUAUGAUAUGAUUCAUUAGAAUUUAAUCUCAUUAAUAAAAGUGUAAUUGUGUUAGUUGUUGUACUUGGCAGUCAAUAAGUUGGUUACAAGUGCUUUGUUUGCACAUGAAGUCCAAACUCCAGUGAGUUUAACCGUACGAUAAACUGUCAAAACAGCUCAAUCACAGUUUUGGUUCAACCCCCACAAACAUUAUCUCAGCAUAAAAUUCAAUGUGAGAACAUAUUAGGCAUCUAUAUAUUAAAAAAGAAACUGGUUUGCGAUGCACAUUUUGUGUCUUAACACCCAGACUAAAUGUAAGAAGCAAAUCAUAUGCCAGACCACAUCAGAAAAACAGUGUGGGUGACAACCUUGCUAAAUUUCCUCUGUACUGGCUGUUGGACCACUUCCGAUGUGUCAGGCUCAUUUAAGCUGUUAAGCUCAAUCUAAAACCUUUUGCUGAGAGGCAGAGUUUGUGAUCUGUGUUUUUAUGAGCAGUAAUGGUACAGCCAGGAUGCUUCAUGUUGGGUUUUAUUUCUGCGGGGACAGGAAUUUCUCCCAUAUGAAACAGAAAGGCUUCAUUUUCAUCUUUUUACUUGUUUGGAACUUCUCUACUUUCUCAGGAAACAUGACUGUUAAUUUAAAUGAGCAACGUGAUAUUUUGCGAGUCGCAACACAACUUAAUUUUUCGCUGGGAUGUCGAGCUGUGAUACCGUGUCAGCAUUACAUCCAUCGAUCAGACUCUUUCAAAUGGUUUUACAUGAAGGACCAUAGCAGUAAGCAGGUUCAGUUAUUCUUCCGAAAUAAGAGGGGAAUCCUAUAUCAUCAAAUGUCCAAUCCCAAAUUGAGAAUUGGAUCCAAUCAUUCCUUGCUCAUCAGCUCUUUUACCGAGGAGGAUGAAGGUGUGUACUGGUGUGAAACUUGCCAAGAAACAUGCCAAAAGUCCACUGACAUCAUAGUGAAGAAAGAGACGUGGAAAGACGUCAAUGAGACAGUUUACUUUGUUGCUGGCAGCAGUUUUCAGCACACAUGUUCAAGUGAACUUGAUAAAAUAAACUUUUGGACUUUUGAAGCAACGACUGCUGUUGGGAAAUCAGAAGUAAGAGCAACAACAGACAAUUUGACUUUCAACAAGUCUAUAUAUAUUGGAAAUGUCAGAAGAGAAGAUGCUGGGAAAUAUACCUGCUGGAUGAGUAGCUGUGUCGGACACAGUAUUAAGCGAGUCACUAUCAAUUUGUGUGUAGUUACAGUAUAUGACAGUAAGGAUUCAUCUGCAUCUUGCGCUGUGACGUGCAGCAUGAAAUCAAAUAAUCCAAACAGAACUUCAACCACAUCUGUGCCUGUACAUCCACACGGGUCCCUAAAGUGCAAUAUAGAUUCAGUGUUUGAUGGAUACACUACAAUAGACCGCACUCAGUCAGAGUUGGACACCAGAUAUCAAACAUCAGAACUGUGA